GGCAGCGCAGACGCACUGCCGGCCUGGAGGGUCGGGGCGCCUGCGCAGUCGCUCCUCCUUUAGGCGGCAGCCAUGGCGGGUCAAGAGGAUCCGGUGCAGCGGGAGAUUCACCAGGACUGGGCGAACCGGGAGUACAUUGAGGUCAUCACCAGCAGCAUCAAGAAAAUCGCGGACUUUCUCAACUCGUUCGAUAUGUCUUGUCGUUCAAGACUUGCAACACUAAACGAGAAAUUGACAGCCCUCGAACGGAGAAUAGAGUACAUUGAAGCACGGGUGACAAAAGGUGAGACCCUCACCUAGAACUGUGCCAUGCUGCUGCUGGGAAGUUGCUUUACAGAACACAGGCCUACGUGGGAAAGGCCCCAGCAGCCUCAGCUCCUUCCUCUCUCCUUAAAGAGCAACAGGGCUUAUUCUUGUUUUUCUUUUUUCAAAAGCGUGGCCUUUGGGCUCUGCCAUGUACAUCGGUGUGUGAUGUGGCAUGUGGGAAGAAGUCCAGGGGAACUCUCGGAAACAACAUUAGGCAUUUUACCUUUUAAGUAACAUUUUGUAGAACUGUUUGUCAACGUAUUUGAGGCGUGCAGAGCCAGACGCCUGGGACUCUUUGUUAAGGUCCUCCCCACCUCCUUUUCUCUCUCUCUGUCUCUCUCUCUGUCUCUCUCUCUCUCUCACUCAUGCACACACAACACACACACACACACACACACUUUCCUUACAGCUCUCAUUGCCUCUGCAUUGGUUCUAUAAACAGUCUUUGUCUCCUUUCCACCUUUGGUGGGGGGGUGGGAGGCAGUCCUGUCUGAGACACUUAUGCCCCGGCAAGGUGGCCACAAGAGAAUGUUGUUGGUAACCCACCAGUUUCUUGUCCUUUUGGGGAGGUCAAGGCCAGGCCCCCACUUGGCUUGAAGGGACAUUUUCAGAAUUUUCUUUCUGUCACUUGGGGUGUCUUUGCCUCUCAUAUUUCCCUAAUAAACUCCUCAACUUUA